AUGAGCAAAACUCCAACGAGUGUAGAGAAAGUAAACCAUUGGUUAAGGAAUGAUGGACACAAGAAGCCCGAUAACAGCUCUGUGACCGGAGCGAUCGAGACAGCACCAAUUCAAAACGUUCCUGUACUAAACGAAAAUAAUGUUGACUCUACUCCUCUCACAGCUGAAAAUUCUAAUCCGUUACUUGAGACACCGAUUGAUUCGGGGUCAGUAAAGACUGUUACGUCUCAAGUACCCACAACGCAAGGCAAUUUUCCCGAAAGCACAAGAUCGGCUUCAACACUAACCCAGCCACCUGAACCAUUUCCGUAUCCGUGGCAAAAGCAUAGCGGAGUGAACAUUAAACUGUCAAAACCACCAGAAAAAGCACCGAGCUUUAUCACCAAAACGCCAUUGACGACACCUCAAUCUGUUACAUUUAGGCAGCAAAGGCCGAUUCCGAAUCCGGCAUUAAUUAAUCCAUGUCCAGAAGAAAAUUUUGAGCCUUCUCAGAUGCAAUUUGCAUCUCGACGAGUCAUGUCACGCGAUCUUCCGGAGUUUGAUGGAAAGCCCGAAGAUUGGCCUAUAUUCUUCAGUCAAUAUAAUGUCACCACUCAGAGCUGUGGAUUCAGUAAUGCAGAAAAUUUGAUAAGGCUUCAAAGAUGCCUUAGGGGGCAUGCGCGCGAGUCGGUGCGCAGUCGAUUGUUGCUGCCCGAGUCUGUACCCAACGUAAUAGAAACCCUACGGAUGUUAUAUGGACGUCCUGGUAUCUUGAUAAAAACGCUCUUGAAUCGAGUACGGCAGGCACCCGCACCUAGGAUGGAACGACUUGAGACACUGAUUGAAUUCGGAGUGGAAUUACAGGGAUUAUGCGAUCACCUGAUAGCAGCAGGAGAGGAAACACACUUGAAUAAUCCAACCCUGUUACAAGAAUUGGAAGACAAUCUGCCUGCUCAGUUGAAGCUUCAGUGGGCUAUGUACAAGCAAACCGUGUCCAGGGUUACACUGAAGACUUUCUCCGAAUACAUGUCUCACAUGGUAUCAGCGGCAAGUCAGGUCACUACCUUUGCCAAGGAUGACCAUGAUCAUCGCGAAGGAAAUAGAAAAAAUAAAUGGAAACAAAAGGAGAAGGGUAUGUUGCAUGCUCAUAAUGCGAGUGCCGAAAUAAAAUCUCAAGUCGGGAAGCAAAAUAAUGAACGAGUCUGUUUUGUUUGUCAUAAAUCCAAUCAUCUCAUGAAGGAAUGUAAACAGUUUCUGGAAUUACCAGUGGACGGUCGCUGGCAACGAGUGCAUCAAUUGAAACUUUGUCGGACGUGUCUCAAUCAACAUGCCAAAGGCCGAUGUCGUUUAACAAACAAAUGUGGUGUCGAUGGUUGUGAAUUUAGACACUAUCCGUUUUUUCACUCUAAAAACGAAAACAGUGCUGUCUGUACUUCUUCUGUGGAAAAUCAUUCCCACAGGGAGCGAGGUUUUAAAACACUUUUCCGAGUUGUGCCGGUUACGCUCCACGGAAAGAAUAGUUCGGUGAAAACGUUUGCAUUUUUAGAUGACGGAUCGUCACUAACGCUCGUAGAACAGUCGAUUGGUGAUCAACUAGGUGAAAGUGGACCCAAAGGUGAACUUCUUCUUUCGUGGACUGGAGAUGUAUCUCGAAGUGAAGUCAACUCACAAACCGUAACGUUUCAUAUCUCAGGAACGUCAUCAGACAAAAUGUUUAAAGUUUCACGGGUUAGAACCGUUUCCAAGCUUAAACUUCCAAUACAGACACUGAACAUGGCAUCUCUAUCGUAUCAGUACCCCUAUCUAAAAGGAUUACCUGUUGAGGAAUAUUCCAAUGCGUCUCCUGGAAUACUUAUCGGUUUAGAUCAGCUCCAUCUUUCCUUACUAUUGAAAAGCAGAGAAGGUAAAAUGGGUGAGCCAGUCGCUACAAAAACUCGCCUCGGUUGGUGUAUGUUCGGUGGCCUACGUGCAACAACUCCAUUUGACCUUUCCUGUCAUAUACACGAAAUGUCAGAAAAAGGUCUACACGAAAUCGUUAAAGAAUACUUUGGGCAAGAGGAUGCCGGAGCUGGGCCGAUACUGGAGUCGUCCGAUGAAAUACGUGCGAGGAAUAUUCUCGCUGGAACUACUGUACGCUGUACUGUACUACGCUGGAAGACCGGCCAGUUAUGGCGAUAUUACCAGUUCGAAUUCCCUGAGAGUUAUCAGAUGGCUUUUCGUCGAUUAGAAGGCUUUGAGCGUAGAAUGGCACGAGAUACAGCACUACGAGAAAAUGUAAACAAACAGAUCCAGGACUAUCAACGUAAAGGAUAUGCUCACCGUGCGUCAAAGGAGGAGCUUGAAAACGCAGAUAUGAGAAGAGUCUGGUAUCUUCCGCUUGGAGUUGUGACAAAUCCGAAGAAACCAGCUAAAGUCAGAUUGAUCUGGGAUGCGGCUGCGAAAGCGCACGGAGUUUCGCUUAAUUCGGUUCUGUUGAAAGGGCCUGAUUUGAUGAUACCGCUUUUGGAGGUUCUGUUUCGUUUCCGUGAGCGGUCAGUUGCGGUGAGUGGAGAUAUUUCCGAAAUGUUCCACCAGAUUCGCAUUCGUACUGAAGACCGCCAUUCUCAACGCUUCUUAUGGCGAGAGGAGCCUGACACUGAACCAGAAAUUUUCCUAAUGGAUGUAGCGACCUUCGGCUCUACCUGUUCGCCCUGCUCAGCGCAAUAUAUAAAAAACAGAAACGCUGAAGACUUCGUCGCUCAGUACCCAAGAGCAGUUGAAACCAUAAUCCGGUCGCAUUAUGUAGACGAUCUUUUAGAUAGCUUUGAAACGAUCGAAGAAGCCAAGAAAGUCUCAGAGGAGGUCAAAAUGAUUCAUGCAGCCGCCGGAUUCAAAAUUCAUGGCUGGCUUUCCAAUAAACAAGAAGUCGUCUGUCAUUUAGGCGAUAGGACGGUUACACCCGUAAAAGAUCUUGCUUUGGACAAGGGUGACACUACUGAUCGAGUACUCGGUAUGCGCUGGAUGACAGUCGAUGACGUGAUUGGCUUUUCAACGGUAAUGCGGGCUGAGAUAGCAGCUAUUAUAAAUCGAGGCCAAAAGCCUACCAAGCGACAAGUAUUAACGUGUGUCAUGUGUCUGUUCGACCCUCUUGGACUUUUAGCGGCAUAUUCGGUACAUGGAAAAAUACUUAUUCAGCAGAUCUGGCGAUCAGGAGUGGACUGGGAUGACCCAAUCGACAACCUAUCGUUUGAGUGUUGGAAAAAAUGGAUAAGUUUUCUUCCCCUUGUGGAUAACAUUAGAGUUCCAAGAUGCUAUAUUUCCGGCUUCGACUCCGGAUUUAUUUGUUCUGUGCAACUACAUACAUUAGUGGAUGCAAGUGAAGAAGCCUACAGUUGUGCAUCAUAUUUCCAAUUUACCAUGAUGGAUGGUUCUGUUACGUGCGUUUUGGUAAUGGCGAAAACAAAGGUGGCACCUCUAAAACCACUUUCAAUACCGCGCCUUGAACUACAAGCGGCGGUCCUAGGUGCUCGGGUAGCGAAGUUUAUCAGCCAAAAUCACACGUAUAAUAUCGAGAAAAAAUUUCACUGGUCAGACUCUAGCACGGUUCUGGCAUGGAUUCGAUCAGAAAGCAGAAAGUACAGACAAUAUGUGGCCUGUCGUAUAGGAGAAAUAGUCACGCUGAGUAAUAGUAGCGAAUGGUUUUGGGUGCCAACGAAAUUGAACGUUGCCGACGAGGCAACUAAAUGGCGUAAUGCGAGAUGUCUAUCGUCCGAUAAUGCGUGGUUCACCGGACCGAAAUUUCUGUACUAUCCUGAGGAAAAAUGGCCCGAACCCAGCAAGGUUAAAUAUUUCUCAACCGAAGAAGAGCUUCGCCCCUGUUUUCCCAUCAUUCUGCCACAAGAACACCGCGUAACACUGUUGGUAAUUAACGACUAUCAUAGUAGAUACCAUCACGCGAAUUCAGAGCUUGUCGUGAACGAGGUGAGACAGAAAUUCAAAAUUCCAAAACUGCGUGCAAUUGUAAAAAAGGUAGUUCGACAAUGUCAACACUGCAAAGUCUACAAAUCGCUUCCAGCUGUGCCAAGAAUGGCACCUUUACCGUCAGCGAGAUUGUCAUCCUUUGAAAGACCUUUCUCAUACGUUGGUGUCGAUUACUUCGGACCGCUGCUAGUGACGGUGGGGCGGAGUAGCCAAACGCGAUGGGUCGCUUUAUUCACAUGUCUCACUAUCAGAGCCGUCCAUCUGGAGGUGGCACAUAGUCUGAGUACGGAGAGUUGCAUCCUGUGUUUCCGUCGAUUCGUAGGGCGCAGGGGAGCAUCAAUAGAAGUGUACUCGGACAACGGGAGUAACUUCCACGGUACCGAGAAAAUAUUGAGGAAGCAAAUCGAUGCUGGUAUGGCCGACACAUUUACUAACGCGAACACAAAGUGGCACUUCAACCCACCAUCUGCCCCACACAUGGGGGGUGCUUGGUAA